AUGGGCUCGCCGAUGGCUCAUGAGAAGAAGAGGAUGCCCAACCGCGCCCGCCGGUCGCUGCCCGACGAACGAAAGCGCCAUGUCGGUAUCAUCGCCCGCCUCCUCCAUGAGAGUGCGGCCAAGUCGAGUGUGCCGCCGCACCAAGUGGGCAAAACGCUCUUGCGACUCGCGGUCAAGAUGGAAAACCAGCUCUACGCAGCGACGCACGGCCGCGCCCUCACAGACGAAGCGAUUCGAAAGCACCUCGUCUUCCUCGCGACCCGCGCGUGCAGCAAGCCGACGCGCUGA